AUGGCUCUCGAGAAUGAAAUUCUUCAAGAACUUCAGCAACUAUCUGUAGAAAAGCACAAACAUGAAACAAAAACGACUUUUCAUCCAAAAUAUGAUUCAAUGUAUUAUUCGAAUCUGAUUUGGAAUUCUUCGUCUUACGAAGAUGUCGCACAAAUUCAAGUAGCUUUAAUUCCAGUUGAGAAUGACGACCAACGUGAUCUAUUUGAUUUCAUUCGGCAUACGAUUUCAUCAAUGCCACAAUGUCAAAUACCAGGUCGUGUUCUAUCGAUUUUGGUGCACGACCAACGUUUGAAUCGUUUUCUCGGGAUUAUUCAACUUACCACUGACUUGUUGAAAAGUGAAUUCAAAGACGAGUUCAUCGGUUUCGAUGAAAAAAAACGAGGCCCACUGAAGAAACAUAUUCGUGACCAUUCUGCUAAUUUAUCGAUCUGUGUACCUGUACAACCUUUCGGAUUCGAUUUUUGUGGUGGAAAACUAUUGGCUAUGCUCUCUUUCUCCACCGAACUUCAUGACCUCUAUCAACGACGUUAUUCGAAAUCUUUAGCCUUGAUCACAACAACAUCAAUCCAUGGAAAAUCCAUUCAAUAUGAUCGAUUAAAACAAUUGAAAUUUAUUGGCUAUACAAAAGGCUAUGGUACUAGUCAUAUUCCAGCGUCACUCAUGACCAAAAUAAAUACUUUUCUAGAUUUAAAUUAUCCGAAAUUCAAUGUUAAAAAACAAUCGAAAUGGCAAGCAUUACGAUUUCUUACCAAUCAAUUGAAUAUCGAUAGUCAUCAAGUGUUCAAUCAUGGUAAUCAGCGUGGUAUUUACUGUGGUUGGACUGGAACGAAUGCCAAGGAAUUUCUUUUGAGACAAAGAACCGAUUUUAAGAAGGAUCAACUUCAAUCGGUAGAUGAGAUCGCAACAUUCUGGAAAAUAAGAUGGGCUAAACAGCGUUCUGCACAUUUGAAUAGAGAUAAAACAUAA